UUUUGCGCAGGUAAACGAGUCCCUCAACAUUAUUUAUUUUUUUGUUAUUAAUAAUGUCAAAAUCCUUAACGAAUUAUAUAUUAAAUACAAAAUACAUCGCUAUAGCGAACAUCCAUUAUUGGAAUAAAGACUCAAGUUUCGAUAUUUUUCAAUUUUUUUCAAUUAACAAAAUGGUCAUUAGUGGUAACAGAAAGGUUUUCCUUACAAAUUGUACCUGUCCCAUGUAGCAUUCCGUUACAAUAAACAUCAUAUAAAUGCAUUUUCUACUAUAGUAACCCUCUUAAUAUAAAUUAUAAUCGUAAACAGAGUAUUAUAAAUAUUCAAUAAAAUAUGUUUUAAAAUCAGUCAGUAUUAAAAUUUAGUUUUUAAAUAAUUUUCUAAACUUUGUCCCACGUACUAUCUGGAACCGGCUGGUUCACUAUGUUACUAACUAAUUCACGACUCAAAAUGAAGAUGGCGCUGUUUUGGACACUGUUUUAUUUUGGGCGAAAUGUCUGCAUUCGUCGUGGGAGUUCGUUAGGUUGGGGGGAGGGGUAUGUCGCUCGACAGUCGACCGCAAGGUGUUGAACGUGCUGCGUGUUUAAAUUGCCCGUCCACCUUGUUACCUACCUAUUCACGAUAUUAUGCGUUGUUUGCGUUAUUAAAAUGCCUCUUACGCCUGCUGAGAAGCAGCGACGAUACCGGGAACGCCGUAGAAAUAAUCAAGAGAAGGAAGAAGAAACCAAAAGAAAAGAUAGAGAAAGAUACCAUGCAAACAAACGCUUAGUACGUGAUUUAACAACACGUGAACAUCGAGCAAUAAAAAAGAAAUGGCGAUGUGCGAAUGCCAGACGAAGAGAUAAAGCCAAAGCUCUCAGUAUGAUUAUGCACACUCCAGAGUCAUCACCCCCUCGUUCAAAUAGUCCACCUCGGCUGUCUACUUCUCGUGAAAGCACUCCUAACUCUACAUCAGCAGCGGUACGCGGCAGGAAGCAAAUAAAAAGAAACAGAUCAAAGCUAUUUAGAGAUAAUAUGAAAUUAAAGGAACAAUUAGAGACAGUAAACAAGAGACACGAAAAGUACAAAAAACGAUACAACAGAGAAAAACAAAAACGAUUUCAAAAUGAAGACGGCAAUCGAUGUAAUCAACAGAAAUAUCAGAUUUUAUCAAAUGCUAUUAAAAAACGCUAUAAAAAUGUAAAAACCCGGAAGGAAAAAGUUGCUAUUCAAAAAAUAUUUGAAGAGAAGACCGUUAAAGGUUCUAGGCAGAAAACACAAAUUAUAAAAGAAUGUCUUGCUGUGGACCAGGGUUACGUAAGAAAACAACAACCUCUUUUUAAAGUAAAGAUUUUAAGUACUAAAAUCAAGGAAUUUUUCGAACGUGACGACAUAUCAAGGGCAACUGCUGGAAAAAAGGAAGCCGUGUCUCUAAAGAAAGAUAAAAUGCAGAAGCGCUACUUACUCGAUAAUAUGAAGAACCUUUAUGUAUCUUUUAAGCAGGAAAAUCCUGCCUUGAGAUGCAGUUACAAAACUUUUACACGUUACAGACCAUUUUUUGUUGUGCCUCCUACUGUCGCUGCAAGAGAAACAUGCUUGUGUCGAAUUCAUACUAAUAUCCAAUACUUAGCAUUUGCUUUGUGCAAAAACAAAGUUAUUCCAACAUCAGAUCUUAAUAAGAUUAUUGUAGACCAAGUAUGCAAUCCAGACUCAUUAGCAUGUAUGACAGGAAUCUGUUCCGUAUGCCUAUCAAAAACAACUAAUUUUGAUACGUCAAAAGACGAAAUCAUAGCAAGAUAUUCUCAAUGGAUAAGUAAAACUGAAGUGAUAGAGAAGGCAGGAAAGAAAAUCAAAGUUAUAAAAAACGUUAAAGAGGAAACAGAAAGUACGGGAAAGGCACUGAUGGAAAAGUUUGAAAUUACACUAGAGGAAUUUAAAAGGCAUAUUUAUUACAUCAAGACACAGUACAGAAANAUAUAA